GAGCUGGGGCCGGGCGGGCGCUGUGGCUGGAGAUGCUGUCGCACGGCGACGGCGCUCGGCAGCCGAGAGCACUGCUUUGAAGGCAGCAGGGUGGUGGCGCACUGGCAGGCAGUCUGGUAAAGUGAAUGCUGAGGACGUCAGAGUUUGAUGACAGAGACUGCUGAAUUUAUUUGUUUGGAGUACACGUUAUGAACCCUUUCUGGAGCAUGUCUACAAGCUCUGUACGCAAACGAUCUGAUGGUGAAGAGAAGUCAUUAACAGGGGAUGUGAAAACCAGUCCUCCACGCACCGCUCCAAAGAAACAGCUGCCUUCUAUUCCCAAAAAUGCUUUGCCCAUAACUAAGCCUACAUCUCCUGCCCCGGCAGCACAGUCAACAAAUGGCACACAUGCUUCUUACGGACCCUUCUACCUGGAAUAUUCUCUUCUUGCAGAAUUUACCUUGGUUGUGAAGCAGAAGUUACCUGGUGUCUAUGUGCAGCCAUCUUAUCGCUCUGCAUUAAUGUGGUUUGGAGUAAUAUUCAUCCGGCAUGGACUUUAUCAAGAUGGUGUAUUUAAGUUUACAGUUUAUAUCCCUGAUAACUACCCAGAUGGCGACUGUCCACGCCUGGUGUUUGAUAUUCCCGUCUUUCACCCGCUAGUUGAUCCCACCUCAGGUGAACUGGAUGUGAAGAGAGCAUUUGCAAAAUGGAGGUAUGAAAAAGAUGUUCAGCUCUUUAAAAGUAAAGUGGUUGAAAGUGUUAAGAUGUGCACUGCUCGUUUGUUUGACCAACCUAAAAUAGAGGAUCCCUAUGCAAUUAGCUUUUCUCCAUGGAAUCCUUCUGUACAUGAGGAAGCCAGAGACAAGAUGCUGACUCAGAAAAAGCCUGAAGAACAGCACAAUAAAAGUGUGCAUGUUGCUGGCCUGUCAUGGGUAAAGCCUGGCUCAGUACAACCUUUCAGUAAAGAAGAGAAAACAGUAGCAACUUAAGAGAUGGUGAAUCUGGUGCACCAUGCACUUUCCUGCUGGACUCUGGCCUAAUUAAAGCUGACCAAUGGCAGAGGACUGCCUGAAGAGUAAAGCUGUGUGAACAAUGACUGAUACCAGUGUUUUCCUGUAUACUUAGGUUCUAACAGCAGGUUUUGGAAACCUCUCUUUAAGUAAUGCAUUACUUCUGUCAGAAGUGUCUUUAGGGUGGUUAUCUAGUUCAGUACUCCAAAUUGUUGGGGACCUUGAAGCUUAAGUAUUUUUCUGAAUAUAAUGCUAAAGGUAAGUUGCACUCAUUUAAAUAGACUAGACAGAAUUCAACACUAUUUAAUGGUUUUUAAAAGCCAGUAGUUUUGGUUGUACAUAUAAGAUGGGUAGAGAGAAUAGGUUCCAUAGCUCAGCACUUUUAAGUGGAAAAUCAUUUGAAAACUCAGUGUUUAGCCUACUGUCUUACUCAGUUGUCACUGAGGUAUAUAUUAGAUGAAUGAGAGAAAACCAGAAUGUUUAUUCAUAGUUGAUUUUUUUUAAGCAAAUAAAUUACUGUAUUUUUAUGGUGGGAGGGAGAAAAAGUGUUCAAAUGGUUUCUAAUGAAGUCAGAUAUUUAAAUGAUGAAUGACUAAUGUGCUUAGUAGAGACAAAAUAAACCAAUA